AUGGCCGAUCACAUCACCCCAUCAUGUCCAUUCUGCCCCUUCUCAGACCAAGAUGCGACCUUCGUGGAGCAGCACAUCGAAUACUGCCACCCAGAAGGAGGUGCCCCGCCACCACACACUUUCGAAACACCCGCAUUCGAAACCACCAGCCCAUCCCCGUCUCCAUUCCCGGUGGACGAAGAUUCUACGGAAAAAUAUGUCGACUGUCCACAUGGAUGUGGUGAGACCAUCACAACUGCCGAACUGGCAACCCAUCUCGAUUUACAUAUCGCAGAAGGCCUUGCGCUGGACGACUCCGGGCCAGUCCAGAGUCCCUUUAAUACAGAACUGUCCAGCGAGCCCGAUAUAUCGUCAGAUCUGAACGACUCCCGGGACUUCCAUGUGAGCCAGAAAGGCAGUAAAAGAGGCGCCGAUCGAGACUUUACUCGCUCGAACACUUCGAAACCAGCACAAGGACGAAGUCGCAGUCCCGUCGGCAAAUUGGGUUCGGAUGGUGCUAAGCGGCUGGGGGCCCACACGCCCAUGAAAAAAAAAAUGCCCACAUGGCUCAAGAAAAUGCUAGAAAAAGGCAGCCGCACCUCAAAGCAAACCCGAAUCACAACCGACGGCAAACUAUCCCGCCACACGAGCGUCGAAAACGAAACCGAAAACCUCGUCCCCGUCAUAGCAAAACUCUGCGAACAAGAUAAGUCCUCCCAGCGCGUCUUUCUCUGCAGUCCCAAAGUCCGACAUGUGUGCAAGAUGACGCGCGAAGGCGGAUUUUGCGGAUACCGCAAUAUUCAAAUGCUUGUUUCUUAUAUUACCAAGUCGAAGAGUCUUGGUCAUGAGAAUUUCCCGGACGGUGUGCCUUCGAUUUUGGAAUUGCAGGAUCUGAUUGAGCGCGCGUGGGAUUGGGGGUUUAAUAGUUCGGGACGGACUGAGACGGGAGGUAUUAAGGGGACGAGGAAGUUUAUUGGGACGCCGGAGGCACAAGCACUGUUUAUGAGUCUUGGUAUCCCCUGCGACGCAAGCAGUCUAAGCGAAUCAAGCAAUAUGCGCGCACACAUGGCCUUAUACCAAGAUGUUGCAUCCUACUUCCGAUCAAAUUGCUCCCUAGACGAUGAGAAGAAGGUCUUCAUGACCGAUCUACCUCCAAUAUACUUCCAGCACCAAGGCCAUUCAAUGACAAUCAUCGGAUUCGAGCUUCGCGAUGAUAACACCGCCAAUCUACUCGUCUUCGAUCCUAUGUUCAAAACAUCGCCUGCAAUGAGCCGGCUUAUCGGGACGUCUGCGAAAUCAGAUCAUCCUGCCCGGUUGUUGAAGGCUUAUCGGAGGGAGACUCGGUAUUUGCAGAAGUAUAAGAUUUUUGAACUUCUUAAGUAA